AUGUCUAAGGGAAGCCCAGUAAGGCCUCAUGUGCUUAAGAUGAUAGGAUAUAUCACUCAACUUGAGCAGUUAGGUUGGGUUAUGGAUCAUGAUUUGAACAUAGACCUUAUACUUUCUUCACUACUAGAGAGCUAUUCACAGUUUGUGUUGAACUUCAACAUGAACAAGAUUGAGGUAACACUUUCAGACUUAUUGAAUAUGCUCACAGAGGCUGAAAACACCAUUAUGAAGGAGAAGCCUUCUGUUUAUCUUGUCUCUUCUAAGAAAAAUAAAAAUAAGAAAAGAAAAUUUUCUAAGAAAGGCAAGGAUGAAAAGGCAUCAACUUCAAAAGGUAUAAAACCUACUAGAGGAGUGAAGAAAGACAAGGACAAUGACAAAUGCCAUUUUUGCGGUAAACUUGGGCACUGA